AUGUCGGCUUUAGCUCAAGUAAUUAGGUUUCAUCCAAAAUUGCCCCGUGUUUGGAUUCAUGCUGCUGCUUGGGAAUUUGACCACAACCUGAAUGUCACUGCUGCUCGUGCUCUUAUGCAAAGUGGUUUGAGAGCAUGCCCAACGUCUGAGGAUCUUUGGGUAGAGUAUCUUCGUAUGGAACUCACAUACCUUAACAAAUUAAAAGCUCGAAAGGUUGUGUUAAGAGGAGAUUCAACAAUAUUAGCUCAAGAUCGACAAAAACCGCACAAACAAAACACAAUUAACACCAGUGCCUUAGUCACUGAUAAACAACCACCGUUCAAAAUGGAAUACAACCAAGGUAAAAUGAGCAAAUCUAGACACUCGGACAAAAUCCUUAAAAGUAUUGAAAACACAAGAUUUCAAUUUGAUGAAUCAUUCCAAUCUGAUGAGUCACCUACACAGUCAGCAAGAAGAUAG